GUGCGGGCAAAGCUGCCUAGGUUCGUGAAUCCUUCCAGCGUUAGGUCCUCAGACGAAAGAACGACCCACGGUUAUCACCUUUCUGCGUGCUGCUCAAACAACACAGCCGUCUUUCUCUUCCUCCUCUUGAAAGGGUCAAUUUGUUGCGAGAAAAGCAAAUCCAUGUUGAUUUAUCUGCAUAUGUUUUAGAGAUAACAACAUCGUGAAGAGAAGAUGGGCAAUCUGUUCUGUUGUGUACAAGUUGACCAAUCCACGGUGGCUAUCAGGGAGAGAUUUGGCAAGUUUGACGAAGUGCUUGAGCCAGGAUGCCAUUGCUUGCCUUGGUUCCUUGGAAGUCAGAUUGCUGGCCAUCUCACUCUUCGGUUGCAGCAAUUGGAUGUGCGAUGUGAGACCAAGACAAAGGACAAUGUAUUUGUCAAUGUCGUUGCAUCUAUUCAAUACCGUGCUCUGGCAGACAAGGCAAGUGAUGCCUUUUACAAACUCAGCAACACAAGAAGUCAAAUCCAAGCCUAUGUGUUUGAUGUAAUCAGAGCUAGUGUCCCAAAGCUCAGCUUGGAUGAUACUUUUGAGCAGAAAAAUGAAAUUGCCAAAGCUGUAGAAGAUGAACUUGAAAAGGCUAUGUCUGCUUAUGGGUAUGAAAUCGUACAAACACUCAUUGUUGAUAUAGAACCAGAUGAGCAUGUGAAGCGAGCAAUGAAUGAAAUCAAUGCUGCUGCAAGAAUGAGGGUGGCAGCUAAUGAGAAGGCAGAGGCUGAGAAAAUCUUGCAAAUUAAGCGAGCUGAGGGGGAGGCUGAGUCUAAGUAUUUGUCUGGGCUGGGUAUUGCUCGCCAACGUCAAGCAAUUGUGGAUGGCUUGAGAGACAGUGUGCUAGGCUUCUCUGUUAAUGUGCCGGGGACCACUGCAAAGGAUGUUAUGGACAUGGUACUUGUUACACAGUAUUUUGACACCAUGAAGGAAAUCGGCGCUUCCUCGAAAUCCUCUGCUGUGUUCAUCCCACAUGGACCUGGUGCCGUUCGUGACGUAGCGACUCAAAUUCGUGAAGGACUUCUUCAGGCUUCUGCUACCCAGGAGCGUUAGAUUUUCCAUUUUUACGCCUUUUAAGUGUGUUAAAAUGAACUCGAUGCAUGUUGAUCUUUAUCUGCAAGUUUCUGGCGUGUUGUAAUGUUGAUGUUAAUGUCAAAUUCUUCUGUGAAUUAUGAUUAUCACUAUAGACAGGAGGCUUGAAGAUGUUCCUAUCCUAUAGGCUACACUGGUCUGGAAACUUUUUUAGUGUUCUUCAUGCUGAAA